AAAUUGGUAUCUUGUCUUAACAGGACGAUGGACACACACAUGACCAUCCAGGGGCUGAAACACGACACCACCUAUGACAUCAGAGUCCAGGCGUUCACCAGUAGAGGAGGGGGACCCUUCAGUCCUAGUAUACAGAGCAGGACAACAUCUACCUCACCUGCGUUUGCCACAAGCUUCGGCGUCAAAGCCGUCAUGAAAACAUCAGUCCUGCUCACGUGGGAAGUGCCAGAAAACUACAAGUCCCAAGUGCCUUUCAAGAUCCUGUAUAACCAGCAGAGUGUGGAGGUACAGGGGAACCUGAAGAGGAAGUUGAUCACCCGACUACAGCCUGAUACAGACUACAGCUUUGUGUUGAUGACCAGAGGAAACACAGCUGGCGGUCUGCAGCAGCAGGUGUCCAUCAGAACCGCCCCAGACCUCCUGAAGACUAAACCUGUCCUCUACUCUACUCAGCACAACCAGGAGGGGAAGCUCACUAUAGACCUGCCUAAAGUACAACCUACUAGUCAAGUCAGAUGGUACUACAUCGUGGUGGUGCCUGUGUCCCCGUCGUCGUCACGGCGAUGGGAGAACCCCGACGAGAUGGACCUGGAGGAGCUGUUGGAGUCAGGCGAGGGUCCUGUCGUGCGUCGCAGGCGCCAGGUCGAGCCCACGCGGCCGUACAUCGCCGCCAAGCUGCCCUCCCUGCCCGCUACGUUCACCCUGGGAGAUGAGAAGAAUUACAACGGCUUCUACAACCGUCCCCUGCCGGGUCACCAGCGCUACUUGGCCUUCAUACUGGCUGCACUGAAGGAGCAGGACACGGACAACAGUGGCAAACAUGUACGAA